AUGGCUCAACCAAUAGCGCCCUCUUGUACCGAUUACAAGUGGGAGUACGAUGUGUUCCUUAGCUUCCAUGGUGAAGACACCCGCUUAGGUUUCGUUGCCUUUAUUCGCGAAUCUCUUCAUCAAAGAGGAAUUCGUGUCUUUAUUGAUGAUAGGUUCAUCAGAACGGGGGGUGAGAUCACACCAGUACUCCUCAAAGCCAUACAAGAAUCCAGCAUAGCUAUUAUAGUUUUCUCCAAAAGCUAUGCAAACUCCGCAUUCUGCCUGCAGGAACUUGCAGAGAUUCUAGAGUGCUUUAAAGAAGAAGGUCAGUUGACAUAUCCGGUAUUUUGUCACGUACAUCCAUCAGAGUUGCGACGUCCGAGAAGAAGCUAUGCAAAAGCCUUGGCUAGACUAAAGGAGAGUUUUAAUGACAAUAAAGAAAAAGUAGAAAAGCGGAGGUUGGCUUUGUCCCAAGCAUUAGGGCCUGUUUGGGUAUCUUAA